AUGUCGCACGUCGCGCCCGUCUGCUUCCCCUCGCCGCCCAGAGAUGUCGCUUCAGGGAUGCCGCCCUGGAGCGCCCCCUUGAUCCUGCCGGGGGGUCAGCAUGUGCCGGCGUGGGCCGUCGCGCCGCCCGUGCCGAGCCCACACGCCGCGGGGUUGGCGCGCGGCAUGCCGCCGCAGCAGGGUGCCUGGGCGCCAGUGGUGCCCCCGCCAGCGGUGGCCGCGCCCGCGGAGAGCGCCAAGAUCGAGGUGGGCGCCACCGUGGAGGUGGUCGAAGCCUUCAAGAGCAACAGCAAGGGCGACAGAGCCAUGCUCAAGCCGGGUCAGAAGGGAACCGUGGUGAAGCUCGACGAGGACGGCGAUGCCUUCAUCAAGUUCAACGACCACAAGGAUAAGGAGUGGGUGGUCACAGCGAACUUCCACAAGCUGCGGGUCGUCCCGAAUUAUCCCGAGGAAGCGCGGGAGACGCGAAGCACGGAGAAGCGUUGCAACCGAGGAGUGGCGCCGCAGCCGGCGGUGGCCUUCUCCCCGCGGGGGACCCCGCAGCAGUUGGCGCCUCCAGCGCAGGUGGGCGCCGCCGUAGAGGUGGUCGAAACCUUCAAGAGCAACAGCAAGGGCGACAGAGCGACGCUCGAGGUGGGUCAGAAGGGAACCGUGGUGAAGGUCGAUGAGGACGGCGAUGCCUUCAUCAAGUUCGAUGACCACAAGGAUAAGGAGUGGGUGGUCAGAGCGAACUUCCACAAGCUGCGGUUCGUCACGGAUCAUGCCGAGGAAACGCGGGAGGCGCCAGACACGGAGAAGCGUCGCACCCGAGGAGUGGCGCUACAGCCGGCCGCGGCCCUCUCCCCGCGAGGGCCCCCGCAGCAGCUAAUGCCUCCAGUUCAGGCCAGCCCGUUCCAGAAGCAGAUGGAGUCUCGAGUGGCCGCGCUUCAGGCGCACGCGGCAGUAAUGGACAUGCACCACGCGAUGCUGCAGGCCGAGCGCGACAGGGUGGCGUCCAUGCAGCAGCAGGUCAUCCAGAGCAAAGUGAGGUUGACCGAGGACAUCCAGGCGCUGCAGGCGGAGAUCGAGAAGCAGAAGGCGGUCGCCCCCACGGCCGAGAAGCCUGGGGCCCUCAGCUUCGACAGCCAGACCAGCACCAGCGCGGGCUCGCCAUCCCUGAUGGACGACUUCGAAAGCAUGAAGGAGGGCGCCACGAUCACGGUGCUCGAGGAUUUCAAGUCCAGCAGCAAGGGGGCCAAAGUCCAGCUCACGGUGGGGCAGAAGGGCGUGGUCUGCAGGGUGGACAGCGAUGGCGAUGUGCUCGUCAAGUUCAGGGAUCAUCCAGACAAGGAGUGGAUCACCAGGAACAAUUUCGACAAGCUCAGGGUCUCCAAGGCACCUACUAAAGUGCCCAAGGCACAAGACCCGAUGGUGACCGAGGUGAGCAACUCGGGGGCCAUGUGCAGAUGCUAG